UGUUGCAGCCCUUGGGAAAUAGUCAUCGGUAUAAAGUUUUUUUUUAAAUUGAAUAUUUAUACGUGUCGACAUUUUAUUUUUAUCAUUGUAUUUAAUAUUUCCUGAAGCGCAUUCAACCGGAUGAAUUGGUGUAGCAGUUUGCACAUUUUUUUAUAUCCUAUUUAUGCAAGAAAGAGUAAAAUCAUCACUUUUUUAUUCAUCCGCUCGAACACCUUGAUGGUAUAUGACCGGGUAUGGUGAACUGUCUGAAUCAACGUUUUGCAACCCGCUGGGCUCACCAAACCGCGGGCAAUGAUGAUUGAUUAUAUGCCCGUUAGGAAAGAUGAUAAAUGAUAAAGCAGUGUUGGCCGUACGAUCGAGGGGAAAGUUUGCUGGUUGACACAUUCUUGUUCGAUGAGUGUGUACGCUGUCGAACAUCGACCGCAGGGGCCUCAAAGAGGGGCCUUUUUUUCAAAAGGUGAAAUACACCCAUGAUGGUAGCACCCGAACUGAUACAAACCGUGGCUGAAACAGAUCCCGACCGUGUCUAAUCCGGCCGCGAUGGUGAAAAUGUGGUUUAUGAUUUCGAAAGUGAUGCUGAAGUGCGCGCGUGGUGUGAUGUUGUAUUGCAGCGAGCGUAACGUUAGGCCGGGGGAACGUGAUGAAUUUAUUUGAAGCAUUAGAAAGAAGGAAAAGUCUGGAGUCCCAAACCAAAUCACAACCAGAAGCCAAAUUAGCGACUGUUAUUGCUACCUCGUGAGCCGUGCGCUUGACGUUGUGAAGAAGAUGGAAAAUCGAACCAAGGCAAUGUUAAGCGUGGGACCGACACUUAGCUACACUCUGCACGUUUGCAAUUCGUACUAAUGAUGGACUUCGCAGAUCGAUCUCGGUCGGUUCGUCAUCAAAACGGUGCGUGUGUUUGUGUGGGGCAGGAAAUAUAAAGUGCAAGCUUGUUGGUAUUUCACCCCCCGGGAGGGUAGUUACAUUAUGCCAGUGAGGAGAGUAGUUGCUUUGAAUAGCAAAAAGGGCCCCUAACACAUGGUAGGUGGCGUUAUGCAACGAUAGUGCAUUUAUUUGUUUGCUACACCGCGGGGGGCAUCAUUAGUAUUAUUCCAUGUGCACGAGGUAAUUCUGUUGCCAUUUGGCAUCACACUUACGAGGUGUUCGGAUGGUGUUUUUUUUAGAAAAUUAUUCAACGAUGUAAAUCCUACGUGCAGUGAUCUGAUCAAUGACCAUUCUUCCAUCGCAAGGCAAAUCACAUCAACAUCCUCCCAGAAUGUCGCAGUUGGAAACUUUAGAAGCGAAGAUGGCAAAUAUUGAGGUGUCGCUGUGUGCAGGAACACCCAGACGAAGAAAGGGAACUUCCCUUGGUGGGUCUUUGUCAGCUCGCUCAUCGCCCAGACCCGAAGUGGCACCACGCGAGUUACGAACGGCUUUACAGGAUCGAGAAGCAGUUAUACAGAAUUUACGAUUACAACUGGGCUUGGGGAAGCUACCACGCCCGACAGGACCUCCAUUGGAUGAUACGGAACGACCAGUCGCUGAACAGCGACUGGCAAAGCUAAAAUCAGACGCCGAAACCAAACGACAUGUGAUUAAAAAUUUAAAAUCAGCACUAGAAAAGCUCGAUGUGACAGACAAUAUUGAUGUACGAAUACGGCAAGCCGAGCUGGAGUAUGCGCUUGGGCGGGAGGAAUUGCAGCUACUUUCGCUGGUCGAGGAAGCACGAGCCCUGCAGGGACGGCUAGACAAACCAAAGCAAGAACCAAACACUCUCUACGGGAUGUUACAGUCAGGUGCAAGUCUAAGUUUGCUCGCUAUCCGUGCAUCGACGGGUCGCUGGAACGCCAGUACGCGAAAUGAGCAACCCGGUUUCUGGGUAGAUUGGGUGCUAGAAGGCGAAAGUCUUCAGCGAGGUGAUCGAAUCAUUGAAAUCAACGGUAAAGCGAUCGGUGGACGUAACCGGGAAGAGAUGGCUCGGGCGAUCGGUUCACACUCAAAGGCGGAAAUAGUUGUGGCCCGUGCUAGAAAAGCACCCAGCGUGAAUCAUUUAGCCCAUCAAACGCUGCAACAAACGCAAGCCGAUAACGUUCGACUGCAGCACCGAAUUUCGUAUCUGGAGGAUCAGGUGAGGGAGUUGUUGAGUUCCAAAGAUAAUGGAGUGAUUCGCAGUGGAGUAGCAGUGAACGGUAGUGGUGGUGCGCACAUUACUUCGAUCAGCAUCACGUCACCACCGUCGACGCCACCGGAAGGAAAAACUCCUCAACCGCCUCACAUUUACAAUUACAUCGAUGAGAAAGGAUCAUCGCCGCGUAAUGGAAGCCCCGGGCACGUCACAACGACCACCAUUAUAAAGGAGUGCGAUCGAAUCAAUGGCGAACUAACGAAUGGAGGAUCGGAUGUGUUGAAGUACAACUUACGAAACUCACUUUCAUCGUCGAAGAUCAGUAUCAAUGGUAACGGGGGAGAUUCACUCACUGCUCAAUACUACAAUCGUAAGGAAAGGGAUAAGCGAGAACGCGAAACACGACGCCAGGAUCGGGAACGCUAUCUGCAGCAGUUUGGAGCAAAAUUGCAGCGCAGCACUACCGAUCUUGAGAGCGAUUGUGAUCGGAACCGCUUGCUGCUGCAUAGUCACAGCCGUAACCAUGCCCGAAGCGUUGAACACUUGAAUGGUGAACGAAAGCGUUUGGUAGCUGCGACCACACACGAAACAGCAACGAUUGGUCGUCGUGGGGAUAUACGGACGGUAAAAAGCUUGGACUUUGAGUCCGACACCAACGACCAGUACGCCUCGGAACCGUCCGGACCGAUCGGCAAACAUUCCGGUGGUGUACGGCCAGCACCUCCAAAGAAACCGCUCCGUCUAUCGUUGCAACGAGCGCAAAGCUUGCAGACCGUUGAUGGACUGAUGCUGGAAGCGAUAGCCGCCACCAACGGGCACGAUAGAAAGCGAGGCAUGAAACGAUCUCACAAGAGUGGUACCAAAGCAACUGAUCCGACCUCAACGAUGACGGCCCAAUACAUUGAGAACAGUGUACCGAUGCAGACGGCUUCGCUUGGACGGCAGAAAUAUAUGUAGAACUGUAGUGGGAUCGGGCAUAAUGCAAACUGUUAUACACUGUGCUACGCUGGUCAGUAACGAGCGUGCGGGAGUAUAUAAGCAAUACAAACGGAAAUUGAAUAGCAAUAAAAUAUCGUAUUAGAGUAAAAAAUAA